AUGACGUCCCCUUUACAGCAAGAUAUUAACAAAGUUUCCACCACAGAUAUGGAGAACGUGGUUGAGCUACCUGCUGCCAAUGACAACUAUGAAGACGUAGACAGCCAUGUUUACAACUACAUAGACCAAGAUGAAAUCCUGAAUGAACUACAAAAUGUACACACUGGUGAGCAGACGAAUGCCGGUACACCUCAUGUGGCUACUGAUGACCUACUCGGUAACGCAAUGCACGACCCUGGUCCGCAACAACAAACUAAGGACGGAGGUCCCCGCUGCAAAAACGGCUACAGACUCGUCGUCGGGACCUGCAUCAAGCUCAUUGGCAUGCCGGGCAUAACCUGGAUUUUCGGGAAGUCCCAUGACGGGGCAAAGGAGGCAUGCAGGAAUGAAGGAGCCACACUGGCCAUGCCAAAAACGGAAGAACUGGACGUCGCUCUGAGAGAUCUGGUCAAAAGGGUUGGAUUCAACAAACAACACUGGAUCGGUAUGGAGGAGAAAGACGGAACCUGGUAUUGGGUGGACGGGUCAAAGGUCGGCAACAACGGGUACAAGGGAUGGAAUCCAGGCGUGCCAAGUAACAGCGGAUGGUGUGGACAGUACUGGGCAAAGUCAUACAGCUGGCUCUUCUCAGGGUCUGGAUACCCCAUGUGGGACGACGAUGCUUGCUUCAAUAAGAAGAGAUUCAUCUGUCAGCGUCCUCCAGCCUAA